CCUGGCAAAAAUAAAAUGUUGGUCUAGAUUUAGUGAAUGUGGAGUUAUUUUCAUCAAAUUUGAUUGAUAAUGUCUUCAAGUGAUGGUGAUUUUCUUGAACCUGUGGUGAAGAGAAAAAGGAAGACACCACGAAGAACAAGACGCAGAAGUGAAGUUCUCAAGACUACAAGUACAGCAAAAAAGGGAGAUGGAAGGACAGUCCAAUCAAUCAAUCAACGAAGCAGUCCAGAUCUUACAACCACUACAAGGCCUAAUCAGUGGAGCAAUACAUCCCUGAAUGAAGGCAAUUCUGGCGCACUGUUGCCACCAGCGGACCUAAAUGCUGGUUCCCAGGACAAUCCCCUUAAGAUAGAUUCAAGUUCUGAGGAUGAAUUCAAGACUACAAAAGCAAUAGUGAACACAAAGAAAGGCUGCAACAAAACAUCAACGCUUAAAGGGUCAAAGCCUAAACACAGUUCGGGCAAUACAACUUACAAUAAGCCUAAAGCAAUUGAGAAAACCACCACUCAUAAAACAGCUCCGAGAUUAUCUAUAUGGAAUUUAAGUGACCCCUCAUCAAGUGAAGUAGAGGGGCCAGCACGACCAACAAAUGAACAUGAUGAUACCACAGGACCUGGAUUAACUGGAAAGUCAGAUAAACAGCCAAGAUCUCCAAACAAGGAUGUCCUUUGGACAAUUAUUGAAAGUAGGGUCCCUAGUUUGCAUGGGGAUGAAAUGGACCAAAGAGACUUUCAAGAUGAUGAACACAAUGGAAAUUUUAAUGAAGGUCUCACUACAAAUGUGCAUGAUGAAAGCCCAGUUAAUUCAAAAAUGAUCUCAAAUCUUGUGACCGAAGCAAAUAUCAUUUAUAAGGACCCAAGGACUCAAGGAGCUAGUAAAGAUAAAGAGAGAGGGUUGUUACCUUUUAAGAACAAGUUAAAAGCAAUAAAAACAAAAUCAAUUAAUACCAGCAGCUUGUCGGAAAAAGAAAAUUGCUCAGAAAAGAAUGCCCCAGCAACAAUGAAUGUUUCGAAAAUAAAAGGAAUUGACAUAGAAAAUGCUUCUCAGUCACAUGUUAAAGAUAUUAAAGUAGAAAAUGGAAUAGUGAAAUAUAAAAAUUUAUCAUUAAAGACAUUAACCAUACCAUUGACAUCUGUUAUCAUGGGAGAUACAGAGUCUUUAUAUUGUAACCCUACAAAUAUACAAAUACAGGAGGCAAAUGAUACCAUGACCAGUGUUGGAGGCCAGAAUAGUGCAAUGGAAGAAUUGGACCAUAAUGCAAUUGUUAUUCCAGAAAGUUCUGAGCCUGAAGAUAGUGAUGCUCCCGGUGAAUCAGUAAAAGUCUUAGAACAAAAACGAAGACUUAGUCUCCAAUCUGUUGAUUUAUUUGACAGUGAUCCACAACCAACUAAACCAAGUAUUAAAUCAAUAGGAGGAAAAAAGCGAAAUUCCACUUCCUCAGAACAUACAUGUGAUAGUGACGCUACAAUUAAAUCAGCCGAUUUAAUGAAACUUAAAAUGACCAAUGAUGAAACAAAGAAAGAUAUUUCUGAACAAUAUAGCGAUCUACUACAAGAUAUAGACUUUGAUAUGGAACUCAGUCAAAGUCAAAGUAUAAUCAGUAGUCAGAAUCCAAAACCAAAGCCUGUUACAAAACAGAACUUGAAGGUUAAACCUGUGAUAUCAUCUUCCUUUUUAAAGAUUAGUGGGAAGCCUGUUAAUGCAAAUGAAGGCCAAUCUCCCAAAUAUGUGAUUCCAGGUGUGAAAUGGAAAGCCACAACAAUGACUAAGAGAGAUUUCUCAAGUAGCUCUAGUGAUUCUCCUGAUGAUGAUGGUACGACUGCAUCACUUCUGAAAGAUAUCAGGGAUAGGAAAGAUAAACUUGACCAUGUCAAGGAUGAUCAUAAUAUUGAUUCUAAUACCGGACAUCAGAUACAUCAUGCAAUAAAUAAAACUGGCAAGGAAUCCAAAACUUCCAAAGCAAAGUCAUUUAGAAAACAUAAGAGUGAAUCUGGUACAGAAGACCAGGAGGUGUAUAACAUCAGCUGUGGACUAGAUUUAAGUGAGGAAUCUGUAAAAAAUACGGAAAAUUCUGAUUCUGAUGUGUCACCAAGUAAAGAAAUGUUGGAAGAUUCUGAGGAUGACAUUCCACUGCAUGAACUGAGUAAAUUAAAACAAAAUAAAAAGGUGAAGAAACGUCAGGUCAGUGGAAAGAAUGAUGAUUCUGAUUUAGACUCAGAUAUAUGGCUCUGUAAGGUCUCGCCCCCUAAAGCCCAAUCUAGUCCAAGACGAAAACUCAAGAAAAAACAGAAAAUUGCAAGUGUGAAGCCAUUAAGAUCUCAAGAAAAGAAGGUUCAAGCAUCAAAACCUUUAUUUUCAAGCUUCUCUGAUGAAGACAGUUUCGAUAUCAUUCCUAGGCAGGCACAAACCACAAGAAAUAAAAAGAGGCCUGAUUAUUUCUUUGAUACCUCCACGACUGAUGUUUCCUUUAAUGAUGACAACAGAAAAAAUGAAUCUACUUUUAAGAAAGACAAAGAUAAUAGCAAACAUAAAAGUUCGAAGAAAGCAUUAAGUAGGACUUUUGAAGAAACAGUGGUCACAGAGGAAAAAGUUGAAAGUGAAAAGGAGGAUAAUGUUGGCAAGGAAGAGGCAGCAAAACCUAAAUUUUUACUAUUUCCUAUUUUAAAUUCAACAAAAUUAAAUCCUUCCAAACGAGCAACAACUAAAAAAGAGGUUUUCAAAACUGAAAAAAUAAACAGGAGUGUGGACAAUAAUAUAAAAAGAACAUCUGAUGAAGAGGAAGUUAACCUCAUAUGUCUGGAUAGUGAUGACAAUGAAAAUAAAACGAUGCAUGCUGACAAUGAAACAUCUCUUAUGGAAAUAAAAUCUGACACUGAGAAGAAAUCUAAUACCAAGAAAUUGCAUAUGGAGAAAAAGCCAAGCAAUAAGACUUUUCGCAUGGAAAAGAAAUCUGACAAUGAAAAUAUGGAAAUAAAAUCUCGCAAUGAAAAGAAAUCUGAUACUGAAAAGAUACAUAUGGAGAAAAAGCCAAGCAAUAAGACUUCUUGCAUGGAAAAGAUAUCUGACAAUGAAAAUAUGGAGAUAAAAUCUCGCAAUGAAAAGAAAUCUGAUACUGAAAAGUUACAUAUGGAGAAAAAAUUAGGCAAUAAAAUAUCUCACAUGGAAAAGAAAUCUGACAAUGAAGAUGUAUAUGACAGUAAAAAUCCCCAAACUGAAACAUCUUCUGUCAAAACUGAUUCCAAGAAACUACUUAUUAGUAAAAAGUCAAAGUUGAAAUUAGGUGAAAUUAUCAAAUUUGUCACUCUUACCCCUGAAAAAGACAAAAUUAUAAGCAAAGAAAAGGGUGAUAAUAAAAGUGAUGUCAGUGAGAAUGAAAGUACAAACAAGCAAGAAGUUGAGGACAAACAGCUCGUGAAUAUUGAUCACAAGGAUCCCCAUGAACAAGAUGACCUUGCAGAUCAUAUGCAAGAGAAUCCUAACACUCUUGAUGAGAAUAUAAAUAUACAUGAUGAUCUGAGUCUGAGUGAUGAAGAUGACAUUGGUGAUGAUGGAAAUAUAUUUGAUAUGUCAAUGGAGCAUAUUAAUGAAGAUGAAAACAAGGAUGGAAUUGAGGAAAAUGACUCUGACAACACUCUGAAUUUAACACAGAGAAUGAAGGACUUUGAAAACAAUGCAUGUGGAUCAAACAACUUGACAGAUGAUAAUGUAACUGACAUACAAGAUAUAUUCCGCUCAUUUUUCACAGUUGAGAACUCAUCACCAGAGAAAAUAAGAAAAGUUGAAGCAGUGCAGGAAGCAAGUGAAGUACCUCCAAAUAACAAUGGUAAAACCAUGAAAACAAUUUCUACAGGUACCAUGAAAAAUCUAACAUCUGACGAGCAAAACCAUACUGAUAGAAAAUUAAAAUCCAAAAACAAAAUCAAACAGAAAACAAGAAAGGAAAAUGAGAAAAAUGAUAACAAUAAAAAACAUCCAAAAUCAGUAAAAAAGAGAAAAAGAGACCAGAAGAAGCAUAAAUCUGAAACUCAGGAAUCUGGUCAAAAAGGUUUGACUUCUGAUAUUGAUUUAAAAGAGAAAACUUCUGAAAAAUCCACGCCUCCUGAGGAGAAAAAUAUUGACAAUGUUGCUUCCCGCUCAUGUAGUCCUACCAUGUUUUCUGAUGGAGAUGAUGACAGUGUUCAUAAUAACCUUACACAGAUAAUCCAAGGUUUGAAUUCGCAGGAAAACUCACCUGGAAGGACUAUGGUUAAAUCCCAAGUGGAUAAAUCUUUGUCAAAAGUUGUAAAUGCAGUGAACUGCCAGGAACAGGAGGUGACAGAUAAAAUGUCACGUGUACUUGAAACUCCUGAGAAAAGUGGUUGUGAUAGUAAAAAGUUGGAGAUUUCAAGUCGAGAGUCUAGCAUCAACAAUGUGUCUAUUGAAAUAGGAAAUCAUUUAAUAACCCAUGAUAUAACAAGACUUGAACUAAAAGAUUCACAUGAAAGAAAAUCUCUUGAAACUAGUGCUAUAGAAAAAUCUACUGCUGAUACAAGUUUUGAUACAAUAGAAGAUCCUAUAUCAGUUACCAGGCUAAGACAUGUGAGUGCAUCAACUCCCAUUAAAAAGUUCAAUCUUACUCUGAACGAUCCAGACAUAACAGUGAUUGAAAACCUACCAAGUCAUAACAUAAGUGCAAUAGAGCAAGAAACAACAAUAGAUAAUGUUGAGGACAACCUUUGUAAUACGAAACCUGUUGAGCCUAAAGUGAAUACAAACAAAGAGAGAGAUGAAAAUGGAGAGGAGACUAUACUAUUAAAUGAUACAAACAUUGUGAAAAAAGAGUGUGUUGAUGAUUGGAUUGGAUACUCCCAAGUUGAGGCUCCUAUUGUACUGAGCGAUAGUGAUGCUGAUGAAACAACUGAUAUCCUUACCAACCUAUCCCAAAAACCUUCAAUGUUCAUCAUUGAAGAUGAAGAAGAUGAGUCCGAUGACAAUGAUGAUAUAUUUGAAGAAAUGCAUGUCACAGCUUCUCAAAAAUCUCCUGAGUAUGUCUAUAUUGAUAGUUCUGAUGAUGAUGUUCAUACAGUGGAUCAUGUAAUAGAAAAAGGCAAAUGUGAGAAUGAGCAAGGGGAUGCUCGUGGCAUUAAAACAGAAGAUGAACUCAAAGAUCCUAACCAGAAUGAUCUCAAUACUCAAAGUCUCCUUGAAGAUCUUGAUGAUGUUCUUCUAAGUUUAACUCAACAAGUAAGACAGUCAACUGAUGAAGAAGAUGCAAGUGAAGCUGAUGCCAGCCAUGAUGAAAUAGAUAUUGGUGAAAUGUCGAAAGGAAUUGAUCCUUGCUUUCAAACUGAAAAGUCUACUGAGAAAUUUACAGAAAAAAAGAUGAACAAACCCAGUGAUGAUCAAAUAAACAUUGGAGGAGAUUUGAAGGAUACUUCCCUUGAUAAUAAUAUGAAAAAGGACUUGAAUAUGUCAUCAGAUGAUGACCUUGCUCUUAUUGCAAGUUUGAAUGAUUAUGAGGAUCACAUGAUAGAUGAUGACAAAGUUCAAAUAGUUGAAAAAUCCUCGGAAACCCAAAGGGACAAAUCCAGAGACAAAAACACCAAUCAGAAUCAUGUAUUAAGCUUAAAAGAUUCUCUACCUGAUAUAAGUGCAAAGUCAUGCAUCAAGGAUUCAACAACAUCUACAAAAAGAAAGGAAAAAUCUGGUGGAAGUUCUGAUAGUGAUGAAGAAACAUUCCGAACAUUACUAAAGAAGCCAAAGAUUUCACAUCCGGUAAAAGAGCCUAUAUUGAAAAAUUUGCCAUCCAAAAACCGAUUUGGAAGUUCAGCAAAGCAAUUCCAAAUCCCCAAAAGUAGACAUAAAUCAGAAGGUACCAAAAAGGCUGUUGCUAUUUCCCCCCAGAGAUUGAAAUCAAAACAAGAAAUCAGAUUAUCAACAAAGUUUUACAACAAAGAUUCUAACAAACAAAGCUCAUUCAACAAAGAUACAAAUGAAUCGUGGCUUGGAAAACGUAAUGAAUCAAGACCAAGUGGAUCCUUACAAAAGUCUUUGUCAUAUAAGAAACACACCUCUAUCAGAGGCAAAACCUCUUUAUCUAAACAUAGGAGAUCAAAUACAUCGAAUAGUACUUCGCUCACACAGCCAAUACAUGAUGCAAAACAAGCAAUGAGGGAGAGAGCUCGCAAAGUGGAACUUGAGAAAAAAGUCCCUAAAGUGAUUCGAGCUAAUCCUGUGAAGACCAGUGCCACGUCUGUGAGCAGAUUCAAAUCUCGGAACCUCGGACUUGUGGACAGCAUGACUUCACCAUCUACAAUUAACAACAGAGUCAAGAAACCUGUUAGUAAGCCUCCUUCAAAGCCUCCAGCUACAGAGAAUCGAGAUGGCAAAGGCCAAGAGAAGAGUGAACACGUUGUAAAGUCUAAACCUGUUCCCUCCACAUCAGCCCCUCAUACCAAGGGGAGUAAUGCAGUUCCCAGGCCAGUAGAUCCUUCUCAUCCUCAAGGCCUUAAGUCAAUGCCUCCUGGGAAUUUACCUCCUGCAAAGACCCCCUUUGACACAAGAAACACUACCAAAGAACUUCUAUCAAAGAGGCCUCAAAACUCCAUUAAUCCUUCAAGAAACCUUCACAGAACCCACCUUGUGGGAGCCACAUCUAGAAUGCAGAAGGAGAACCGACCAUAUCCCCCUGCAGUUCCAACUGGACAACCUGCAGCUGCUAGAACCCCUGCUGCUCCAAGUGUUCAACCCCAAGAGAAUUUUGAUAUGUUUCUCUCACAUGUGAUAGGAUGGAAUGUGGAUUGGCUAGCUCAACAAGACCGAUGCAAGGACCCACCUCCAGUGGUGGAUGAAAAGAAAAUCUGGCCGUUAUUGGAUGUUUAUGAAUCCUACAGCGAUUAUUGUGAGCUGAUGACCUCUCUAUUGCUCCUGGAAACAUGGCAAAGUAUUUGGAAAGAUUGGAAGGAAGGGCAAAGUUCUAAUGGAGUGCAAAACCUUGGCAUCACCGCAGUAUUCCCUUACACUAAACAUAUCUUCAGCUUUGAGUUACAGUCUGUAAUAUCUGAGCAGAAUAACAGAAACCAAUCUAAUAUUAGAGAGGGAGACCUGGUUGUAUUGAACUACAAGGUGGGACGCUGCAAUGAGAAAGUUGAAGAGAAGAGAUGUUUUGGUUAUGUACUUCGUGCUCAGAAAUUUGACAGACGGAAGCAUAAACCGCACCAUGCUCUUAUAGAAGCAGGAAAACAACGAGGGUCUGUAUUAAUGGGCUAUGUCAUUCAGACCAAGAAAAUCUCCCCAAGAAACCAUGAUACACUGCUAGUAAGAGCAGAGGUGGUGAGCAAUGUGAUCAACGUGAUGCGUCAAGUGCGGGCACUGAACAGUCUAUCACAACAUGUUUUAUGUCCACAUAUACUUAAACCAACACAUCUACCCAUCUUUGGAGAAAGAGUUCUAACAACUAACAAGGCUCUGGAGGAGAAAUUUAAUCCUUCUCAAGUGAAAGCCAUACAGUGGUGUAGCCAUGCUGUACUUCAACCUAAUAACAUACCUAGACUAUGCCUUUUACAAGGCCCCCCUGGGACUGGGAAGUCUCACACCAUUGUGGGCCUCAUAAAACACAUCUUAAGGACUAAACGUCCAUCUGAAAGCCAACCAAUCAGGAUCCUGAUAUGUGCCCCAUCUAAUGGUGCGAUAGAUGAACUCAUGAGACGAAUAAUUGAUGAAGUCAGAAUUACCAAAAAUAGUAAAAGUGAUGUCAUUAAGUUGAAGCCUGUCAGGGUGGGUAAUGUAAACAGUGUACAUCCGGCCAUUCAGCAGUAUACCCUAGAUGCUGUUACACAGAAGCAUAUCAAAAGCUGUCAUGCCUCAUCUGUGCCAGGGAGUGUUUACGAAGGCAUCUCUACAUUGAAGGUGAAAAUUGCAAAUCUUGGGAAGUCCGAAGAGAAUUAUCGUAAGGCCAAGAAUACAAAACAGGCCAACAAAGUACAGUUGGAGAGAAACAAUCUGUUGAAGGAAAAGGCAGCCCUGGACAAGAAGGUUGAACAGAUACUGCUUGAACAAAUGAGGAGACUAACACCUCAAGAGGAGAACAGGAAACGAGAGGAGGUCCUACAGGGUGCAAAUAUUGUAGCUUCUACACUGAACUUCUCUGGCUCAGACUCCAUCUUGACCACACUGAGAGGGUCACGUCUUGGGAGAAAACACUUGGACCAUUUCACUGCAGUAAUAGUAGAUGAGGCUUCUCAAACAACAGAGUUGGAUUGCUUGGUGCCUCUGAUGCAUGGAUGUUCUAAGUUGAUCCUUGUUGGUGAUCCGGAACAGCUGCCUGCCACUGUGGUUUCUAAGAAGGCAAGUGAUCAUAAAUUUGGCAAGUCGUUAUUUGAGAGGUUAUAUCGACAUUUCAAUGACCCACAAUUAGCUAGAGACAACCCUGUACUAAUGUUAGACACCCAAUAUAGAAUGCAUCGUGACAUCAACAGGUUCCCUUCACAACAUGUCUACAAUGGGAGACUCCACACUGACAGAAAAAUUGCUGCAAAACGUGAUGCUUUUCCAUUUCAACCAUAUUUGGUGUUUGAUAUGACAGAGGGGCAAGAGGAACAAUUAUCUGGAGGAUCAACUCGUAACAAAGUGGAAGGAAGCUUUGUAGUAGAACUCUGCAGAUACAUACUCCAGUGCAAGGCAGGAAAAGAUCUCAAAGGCUGUCAUAUAGGCAUCAUAACACCAUACAGGGGCCAGAAGAGCUUUAUACAAGAUCAACUGAACAGAAGGAGAGGAUGUGAAGAUAUUGAGGUUAAUACAGUGGAUGCAUUCCAAGGACGGGAAAAGGAAAUCGUCAUAAUGUCCUGCGUCAGAGCGAAAAGUAAUACAGGAACAAUUGGAUUCCUUGCAAACAGACAACGUAUGAAUGUUGCCCUAACUCGUGCAAAAUACGCCCUCUAUGUUGUGGGCUCUCUCGAGUCUGUCGCUGUAAGUGAAGACUGGGAGGCUUUGAUAAAUGAUGCUAAACACAGGUUAAAGGUGGUUGAAGUUAAUACACACUGGGAUCGUGUGUUCAAGAAAUGUGUUAAAUAA